CAUAAUGGUAGCGUCCGUCUACCCCAGUCAUAGAAAAGUCCACGCGAGUAACGGAGAAACUUCACGAAUGAAAAUAUUUAACGGACGAGGAGGACAUACGUCCUCGCCCAUUCUUUCUAGUUUCAUCUUUUGACUAAUGCGAAUAUGCCACGCAAAAAGCCUUUUAGUAACAAACAGAAAAAGAAGCAGCUCCAGGUGAAACGCGGGAAGAAGAGAGGAGAAACUGGUUCAAGUCACAGUAGCCGAAAUGCCAGUGUGGAGAGAGGAGCUGGUAGAGACAGACAGUCGGAUACAUCAGACAGCGAGACGACAGACAUCAAGAGGAUCAACCAUCAGCCUGGCUCCAGAGACGGCAGAUAUGACCCCAACAGAUUCCGUCUGCACUUUGAGAAGGAGAGCAAGGAGGAAGUGGAGAGGAGGAAAAAAAUAGCGAUGGAGAAAAUCCUGAAGCCCGUGGCAGAAAAGGAACUAGAGAUUGAUAUGAAUCAGAUCUACCCAGAAGAGAAAGGACUGAAUUUCCCACGGCGGCCCUCAUGGCAUUACAACAUGCAACGAGAAGAGUUACUGCGGAAAGAGGAGAAGUCAUUUCUGGAGUAUCUGGAGGUUCUUCACUCCAAGAACCCACCUGGUACCCUCAGCCACUUUGAGCACAAUCUCGAGACAUGGAGGCAGCUGUGGAGAGUAUUGGAGAUGUCUGAUGUCGUUCUUCUCAUAGUGGAUAUCAGAUACCCAGUGCUGCACUUUCCUCCUGCUGUCUAUCACUACAUCACCGUUGAGUUAAAGAAGAACAUCAUCCUGGUGCUCAAUAAGGUGGACUUGUGUCCCGCCCCGCUCGUUUUGGCUUGGAAGCACUAUCUGACUAAACAGUUCCCACAGUUGCACUGUGUCUGCUUCACCUCGCACCCAGGACAACCCUACAGCACACUUCUACAGAAGAAGAGGAUGAGGAAGAAAGUCCGAUGGAAUGCUGGAGGCCCGAUCCACAUCAUGAGAGCGUGUCAGGAGAUCACAGCAGGAAGAGUGGAUUUGAGUAGCUGGGAGAAGAAGAUCCAGAGGGAUUCUGUUUUCUUGGAAACGGAGGGGGAUCCGGCUGAUGAUGAAUCGGAAUCUGUGUUGAUGGAGCAUCAUAGUGACAUUGCCAUGGAAAUGAACAGUCCCUCGCAAGAACUUUAUAAAGAUGGAGUACUAACAUUGGGCUGCAUAGGUUUUCCUAAUGUAGGCAAAUCUUCAGUACUAAACAGUCUGGUUGGCAGGAAGGUCGUGAGUGUGUCCCGAACCCCAGGUCACACGAAAUAUUUCCAAACAUACUACCUCACUCCCACUGUCAAACUGUGUGAUUGUCCUGGGAUUGUCUUCCCUUCCCAAGUGGACAAGCAGCUACAGAUCCUGGCUGGUAUAUAUCCAGUGUCCCAGCUGCAGGAGCCUUACAGUUCAGUAGGAUAUUUGUGUGAACGGACCAACUUCCUGUCUGUAUUAAAGCUGACACAUCCUGACCACACCCCCGAAAGCCCACACAACUCCAGCACACAGGACUGGACAGCAUGGGAUGUGUGUGAAGCCUGGGCUGAGAAGAGAGGGUAUAAAACUGCCAAGGCGGCCCGUAACGAUGUCUAUCGAGCAGCCAACAGUCUCCUGCGUUUAGCCAUUGAUGGACGCAUGUGUCUUUGUCUGCAACCACCUGGAUACGCUCCGAGUAAAGAUGAAUGGGAAUCACACCCAGAGCUGUCCGAGAUCAUCGUUCUACAAGGAAGGAAUGAUGAAAAGGAUGAGUGUGGUGAGAGGGAAGACGAGGAUGAAUCCAGCUCAGAGCUGGAGGAGGACAACGAUCCAGAUGGCGAAGAGGAUGCUGAUGGGGAUGAUGAAGAUGAUACCGUGAAGGCUGACAGGAAGGGCUUCACUCUCAACAUGUACAGUGUGCUGGGAGAGAAUGAGUGUGCGUGAGGGAUGAGAUCAAUGUUCAUUCCAUGUUCAUGCAUUCCAGUUGUUUUUUAUUACCAUCUCUAUGCGACCAUCUUAUUUAAAUCUGCAAUGUUUCAAUCAAAGGACUGUAUAAAGUUUUGAAUUUAAACGCUACACGUUUAUUUUGCAUUUGACCCUCAUUACAGACUUAUACAGCCCAUUGUAUAGACAAAAAACCCCCAUUCUACCUAUUUUUACUGGGUGUGUUUUUGCAGCCUCUCUGUGCCUCUGUAUCUUCCCUGCUUUUCAUUUAUCAUAAUCAGAUAAUUAUCAGAAUGCUUUGAAACCUUUUUGAGAGGGCAGAAGGAAUGUCUGAACAAUCAGUGUUACUUAACAAGCAUUGAUGAAUACAAUCUCAAAGCAGUGAUGCCAAAAGUCAGGUGAGGUCAGAGGUCACUGCUCUGACCUCAAACUGAGUUGCCCAUGUGAAUGUAUUUUCCCUUCAGUGUCCGUACCACAAACCUCUGCAUGCAGGGCAGAACCAGCCGUGUUUGAGUAUAAGAGAACAUGCUUUUGACUUCAGAAGAUUAUUUUGGUAAAGAGAAGUUAUAGACACUCAAAGCACUUUCUAAAGCAAGAGGAAGCAACCAGCAGUCUUUUAUUGUUGUGAACUUUUAAUUUCUGAGCAGAUAUACAUUUAUUAUGUGGGUAAUGAAGUGUGGGUGUUGUUGAGAGUUGCGGUGGGAGUGAAUUUAUGCCACAAAAUGUUAUAGACUAUGCAAAGUUUUCAGAGAUGUCAGAAAAACCUGACAAGUGAUCAAGUAAUUAAAAGGAGAUUGUGUAGCACACAUCAUACGUGCAUACUAACACAAGCCACUCAAAGAUAUUGGAGUCAUGUUAUUUUGGACUUAAAGUGCAUUCGUUAGAGAGUGGGUUGGUUUUGAAGAACUCGAGUUUGUGCACUUUUGCUGUAGGACUGAUGCUGUGCAGAGAUACCGUUAGAAGGGAGCUGGUUUCCUGCUUUUCAGCCUCCAGUCCUAUAUGCCUUUGCUUGGGGAUUUCAUGUGGGUGUGUCUUUGUUUGUGUGAUAAUGUGUGGAUCAUUCUUUAUUGAAAUGUUGUUAUUAUACUGACAGAAACAAACCUGCAAUAAAAACCUUCCCCUGA